AAGAGAGAGAGAGAGAAAGAGAGAGAGAGAGAGAGAGAGAGAGAGAGAGAAGUUACUCUCCCUCGCACCAACUGAGGGGAAGCACCAGUGGGGAGAAGCUGCAUGCAGCGAGUGGUUCAAACUCAGGACUUUCUUCUCAGACCAUGGAAGCCAAGAAGUGGAGGUAGAAGGAGAAGAAGAGGAGAAGAAGAAGAAGAAGAAGAAGAAGAAGAGGAAGAAGAGGAAAGGGAAAAAAGUCUCUGCUGGCUGAGUUUCAUCUGAGGGAUUACUGGACAUUUUACAUAUAGGAGCUCCUGUCAUGGUGAUAUCCCACCUGACCGUCUCUCGCUGACAGGAGCCUCUCUGUUUCUCGGAUUUGCCAGGGAUCAGAGUUUGUUCUCGGAGCGUGAGUGUGUGACUGAAGUGUGCGGAAGCAGGAGACAUGUCAAGCGGACGCCUCGGUCACCUGUUGAGGGGAGUCUGGCUGCUGUGGCAAGCUGUGUUUGUGGCUGGGACCGGAAGUAAACUAUGGGAGGUGCCUUCGGCCUCCUUCCCUUCCUCCUCCAACCUCAGUGAAGGGCUGCAGUGGGGGGGCCACUGUCAGUACCGCCACCCACAGGACAAAGCGAGGAUCACAGCAGACAUCCCCCCGAGGCUGGACGGCACGUGGGUGUCAACAAGAUGUGAAGUUCGAGCCGGUCCAGAGUUCCUCACCCGCUCCUACACCUUUCACCCCAGCCGUCACUUUCAAGCCCUACAGCACUACUACACCGACAGCAGCUGUGAGGACCCGGCCUACUCCCUGGCGAUCUGGGGGAAGCUCCGCCUGCGCCAGGCCUCGUGGAUCACCCGUGGGGCCACCGAGGCCGAACACCACCUGAGCAAGGUGGGCAUUGUGGUCCACAGCCCGGCAGCCAGGCAGAGGCUGGCCUCCAGACUGCCCCAGAGCUGCGUGGGCGUGACCCUGGGUCGAGUGGUGCUGGGGAGGCCGUACGAACUGUACAACACCCGGGCAGGGAGGGGUUGUCUGGCAGCGCUGGGUUUCUCCAUGAUGGAGAUGGGUCUUAUUCGGGUGGAGACGCAGCACCACAGCCACGGUGGGAAGAUCCAGGAGCUGUUUCUGGGGGACAUCCACACUGACUGGACCCAGAGAACUCAGUACAGGCCGACAGGGUACCAGCAGCCACUGCAGAACGCCAUGCAUCACAUCCACCCCUGCGCUGUGUGCGCUCUGGUGUACCGCUCCUCAGAGCUGGGCCCCCCGGUGUUGCCUCGCAGCCCCGCAGCCCCCCUGUCUCUGGCCGGCCGCUGGGUCAGCCAGCACUGUGAAACCCGUCCCACUGUCCUCUUCCUCACGCGAGACUUCGCCUUCGAUCCUGACCAAAACGCGUGGGAGGGCACCUACCGGCACUACACGGACCCCGCCUGCUCGCAUCCCACGUUCACCCUGAGAGCCUCGGGCCACUACGCUCAGGGGAACCCCUCCGCCAAGGUACCCGGAGCCACGGAGUUUGUCUUCAAGGUCACCCGGGUGAGAGCCACGGCCAUGGAGGAGGCCACAGCCAAGAUGCUGAACGGGACGAGGCCAGGAAAGUGUGGCCGGGCUGGUGGCUGGGAGGUCGGGGUCGAGCACGACUUGACCCCCACAGACGGGUGCACUGUACUGGGCAUCAAGCUGCCACAUAAGGAGUUCGAGCUCUUCAAGUCGGAGCUCGACCACAGGAAACAGCCCCUGCUGUUCGUCGGAGAGAGGCCCACUGAUGGGUCCAGUGCCGACCGACCGCAGAGGAGACCCACUUCCUUUCAAGCUCCCAUGGUGCCUUGCAGUGGAGGGGAGACACAGCCCUCGCAUCGCCAUGGUUCAGGUUUUAACCUGAAGCAAGUCCAGCUAUCAACCAAUGGGACGGAAAGACUGGCACAGCUGCUGUUACUGCUCUUUGGAUCCGUGCUGUGCAGCUUGUUCGGCAUUUAUUAGAGACGUUGUUCACAAAUCCAUUAAUGGACGUUGUCUCCUGGAAUCUUCCCUUCACUCCUCCUCCACGUGAUGAUGACCACGUGUGUGGUCAAAGAGAAAUCACGAGACAUUCAAGCGAGCACAGUUAUUUCAUAUCUGGCUUUCAGAUGCUGCCUGUAAGUUCAUUUUAAUGACUCUUAACUUCAGCUGCAUUUCUACCUACAACUAAUUUGUAUAUAAACCACCUACAUAUAGAAGUGCCAUCAUUUCGGGAUGUAAAAGUGCACUUAUAUUCUUUCAAACCAUGAUCCUUUUGUAUGAUGAACAGAUCGAUAUCCUCACAUCACAGAUCAAUUCAUCUUUUCCGUGUAAAUCGUGUUUUCCUGUCAUACUAUUACAACAAAGUAAGAUCACAGUGCUGAAACACGGAUCGGUUAUUUUCCACAUCACAUGACAGCCAUGGACAUUCCAGUGGACUUCUCACCAUGAUUCAGUAUGACUAAUGCACUUUGUAUAUUACUUUUUAUAAACAUACUGGUAGGAUAAGAAGUAGGAGUAGAAACUCUCCGCACUCUAACAGAUACCAUCUCCAUCAGUCUAAUCCCACUGUGGUGUGAAAUGUUGCUUUAUCUUUGUCCUCUUUCAUGGAGAGUGCAUUAGUCUGUUUUUUCUAUCAACAGUCAAAUUGUAAGAAUAUUUAUUUUAACCAACUAUACUGUACUUUUUGAUUUAAAAGAAAGAUGUCGGUCUAAUAUUUUAGCUAGUUUUACCAUUUAAGAAGUGAUUAUUUUCGAUGUGUAUUAAAAAUUACUUUUCGUAA